UGGUUGGGCUGUAACAAAACAAAGCCAGAAACACUUCACAAUGUUGACUGGCUGGACCCACUAUUCACCAAUGAGUAGUUUUAGUGAAUGAACUGUGGUGGCAGCGUCAGGAAAAGAUCGUAAAUACACAUUCACGGUGAAACGAUUGGAUUUUAAAUGAAAGUUACCUCAUGGCCAAGUAAAUUUACUAUGUUAAGAAAUGCCUGUGUCACUGCGUUUGUUCUCAAAUAUUGCCACAUUGCACAAAUAACAGCUGUGUAACCAGUUAGCAGGAAUAAUCUGCAGAGGAAAUAAAAAAAGAGGGAAAAUACUAGUAGCAGUUCCAGAGAGGAAGAGUCAAGUAAAGCCAGUUCUCUGUACCGAUAAAACGUUGUUAUUGUAGUGUUUUAACUAUCUGUCUAUCAGCCAAAAGUAAAAUUAUCUGAUUAUUUUUGCCCCAUGAUAUCGUCUCUCUUAUCCGCCUAUGCUGCGUUACUCCAGAGACCACACAGGAAACAGAAACACACAAAUAAAGGCAGACUCAUUGUCUCUGAUGCAUGAAGUCAUCGUGACCUUUAAGAUUCAAGUGUGACCAGCAGAUGACUAGGGAAUAAAUGCUUCACAGUGAGUUUGUUAGUGCGGCUAUUCAAGCCAAAAAAUAGCAACUUUGACAAAUACUUGGAACAGUUGUUUGCAGCCUUUCCUGGCACUGUUCUCCCGAAGCAUUGAUGUAAGAGAAAAACUCAAAUAUUGACUAUUCUGAGUCAUAAAUGGAAAGCUCAGCCAGAGUCUCCUGGGAAUUUAUCUCUUAUAGGCCCGGAGCCAGAUACGCAGAUUGUCGUAGGUUUAGGGUUGUAACGUAGUUUAUGGUUACUGACUCAUCAGAUCCAGCCCUUCCUCUGAAUCUCAUGUGGAAUCACUUUGUUACCAGAGAUGGUUUUAGUUGGUGUUUUCAUCUGCAGCUGGAGCUUGUUUCAAAUAAAAGUUCAGAAACUUCACUGGAUGAGCAACCAGUUUUGUUUUCUGGUUCGCUUGUGUCGCCAGCUUAUUGACCAGAGGCAAUAACACACCAUCAUUUCCUGUGUGUGGCUUUGCUGUAAUGAGUUAAAGGCAGACAGAGUUAAGUUCAGGAUUUUAUCUGUGUUGGACAAAGUGAGACAUUGUUCUCUUUUAGAUGAGAUGGAAUUAAAUCAGAAUCAAUGUCUUUAAAGUAAUAAAGUAUAAAUACAUGAUUGAAAGAGUAGAAUUAUGUAGUGGCUGAGUUGCAGAAUUGGUCAUUUUUCCAUUAUAUGAGUUAUUUUCCAAAAAAAAAGAAAAAAAAAGAGAAGAGAUUCUAAAACAUGUUUUCUAUUUAUAGGCAUUUUAAGUUCCUCACAGAGUAAUUCUGUACAUAAAGCUGAUCUAAGGAGCUUUUAGAUGAACGACUAAUAAUAUCGAAAUCUUAUGAGAAAACCGGAUCCUUCAAGUAAAGACUGAUUGUUUCUAAUCAUCAAUUUUAAUGUCUGAAACUGUUGCCAGGGGUAAGGGUCAGGGGAGGUGAUAGAAUGCACGCAGCAGAAACACACUUUUUUUUCACAGCAAAGAAUCUGAGAGUGAGAGUCAGGGGGCUUUUUGGUUCAAAAAUAACACUACUUCCACAUUUAAAGAAGACACACAGAGGGACAAAACAGACGCAAACCAAAUGAAGAGUUUAAUGGAUUGGUCAUUUUUCUACUAAUUAGUCCAAUUAAAUUAGAGAUGUGAUGGUACACAUUUCAUUAGAUUACAUUAAAGCUCCUGUACGGGAUUGACAGAUGAUUGGUCUUUCACAGUCCUGUCCCAUAAAUGUUAAAGUGAUGUUUUUAAAACCAAAAAAUCUUCAUUCUGCUUUCUUCUAUAUGUCAGAUUUGUCAAUUGAACCAUGAUGAGAUCAGAUUAGGGGUGAUAAGGAUGGAUCAGACUACAAACUGAGAUUAGAUAGUAUAAGGAUGAGGUUGGAUUAGAGCAUAUAACAGAAAAAGAGGGAUGAGGUAAGAUUACAUGAAGUGAGAUAGCAUGAGGUUAAGAUCAAUCAAUCAAAGAAGGUUUCAGAUGAUUGGAAUAAGAUCAGAGGUACAUAUAUGGUAAAGAUUAGAUUAAAGAAAAUUUAGGAUUAGACUGGAUCAUAUUACAUAUUACAGAAAUCACACAAACUAUCUCGAAAUAGAUUCAUGUUCAUAGUGGGAAUUCUGUCGGCAAAGAGAAAGUGCUGAGGUGAAGUUUCUGCCCGACCACCUCUGAGUUUCACCACCACUCAGACAUCCAGCUGCUCAGCAGAAGCCACACCAGCCAAUUACUGUCCGCAGAUGACCUGAAAUACACCCAUUGUGCUGGACUAAACAACAACAGAGGAGCAUGUGCAGCAGACUCGUCAGGUUUUGGACAGAUCGGCGAGCUGUGGGGUCUCAUAGGUCGUGUAGGAUUACAGGAAGUAACAGUGAGUCAAUAAUCUGGCUUCUUUCUGACUCAGACUGGUGAACUCAGAAAUGUGAUAUGGCUCAAAGAGGCCCCCUGUUGCUAAAGGAUCUCUUUUUUUUUCUCUCCCUGGUGCUUCAAAUCGUUGACCAAAAAAAGGCUGAUACAGAUAUGACCAUGCAGAUUUAUAAAAACAAUAUCAAAGAGCCCAAUAAACCCCGCUAGAUGAUAUCUUCGCGUUAUUAAUCCCAUCUUCCUCCUGGGGUGUUUUCACAUGGCUCAGAAAUAUCCAAGUGAGAAGGCCUGACACAUGAGACGGCUGCCUCUGGCACUGAGUGGGCUGUACGUAAUGUCAGAAGUAAAAGGAUUGUUUUUGCAGAUUUGUCGACUUCCCAAAUGACACAAGAUUUAAUUUGGAACAUUAACUGGACAUUCCACUGACUUCACCGAAAUCUGUUUCGAAUGAAAACACUUUACGUAACAGGCUGGCAGGUCUGAGCUGCAUGGAAAGGAACAUGGUGGAGUUACAGUAGUAGUGGUGGCGGCAAUUGGAGGAGGCUGCGGUGAAGUGUUUACUGAAUAAUAGUCACCAGAGGAAGACAAAAUUCAAGUUUUAAAGAGCAGCACAGCUCAUAAACUUAUAGAAGCAGAGAGUUCCCCUUUUCUUUACUAGAUGGCCUUGUGCUCUGUGGUGUUAAAGUAUGAAAAAAAAAAAAAAAAAGAUCACUGCCUUUGACCGAAGGCAGGACUAAAUAUGGACAUUGUUAAGGCUGGCUGGGCUUUGAUGCUCUGACUUUGAGGCAAGGAUACUCUUACAGAAAGAAAGCAGUUGUUAGGAUGAAAAAAUACGUUCUCUGAUUUCUCAGGAAACCGUGUUCCUGUUCGCUCUGUUCUGUGACUCAUCAUCAGAGGUUUUCUUGAUGACUUAAGACUAUAAAAAUGAGCAUCAUGCUUCCCAUGUGUACUUAACUGAUGGUGAACUUUGUGGCUGAUGUGUUUGGUGUUGACUACAGUUUCAUUAAUCUAUUUUUUGUUUUGUUUGUUUUGCUCUUUAAAUGUGGAGACGAAUGAAUAAACACAUACACAAUUUGUUGUCGUGCUUUGCCUUCUUAUGUGGGUUCUUGUAGUCUUUAACAAACUCACCGCAAAUUGUUGUUGAUCAUCCAGUUCAGAUCCCAGUUUGGUUUUGUUGGGUUUGAUAAAUAUCAGUGUUACACACAUGCUAGAUAAAAACCUCCAUUUACAUUGAAGAACUGCUCCCACUGAUGUGAAUCAGAGAGGAGACUGCUGCCACCGUGUGUUACAUUUGUGGUAAAAGGAAGCACUCAAGUGUCAAGUGAUCUCCGCCCCAGGCAGCAAGAGUUAGAACCUUGUGUCGAAGUAGAUUGCAGUUGAAAAAAUGUACUUACUUGCUUGCAUUGCACACAUGCAAGCAAGAGUAGAGGCUAUUUUUCCCAACCAAGAUUUAGACUGAGUAAAUUUCCCUCUCAUCGGCUUAGACCUCUUGAAAGAAAUUCUAUCUAAAACUGGGUGAAAAUCUUUGAAAGGGUUAGUUGUAAGUCACCGACCUCAUUAUGUGAUACUUGAUCAGACAGCUAUGGUAACAGUAUCCGACCACUAGAUGGAGAUAACAUGUCAGCCUGUGCACACCUGAGAUUACCUUCAAGUGGCUCUUGGACAUAAUUGAAUAUCUUUUUUCCCCCUUGAAUAGCCUAUAUCAAGGCAUUUCAGCUCUGCUCAGUCCUUGACAGUCAGCCAUAGAUAUCCUCUAGGAUGCAAAAAUGAAGGGAAAUAACAACUAGGUUAGUGUUUGCACCUUGAUAUGACAGUAAAACUCAAAGUCACACUGCUCUCUAGUGAUAACUGUGCGCAAAUGCAACUGCGUCCUCAGGUAUCAAGUUAGUGAGGAAUGAGUAUCUAAAAGUGUUACUUCCGUGGGCGAAACUUUCAAAGUAAAUGUUUCAACAAAGACAAGUAGUCAGUCACGUAAUGGAAGAUGGCAGCAGCAAAAACGCCAUAGUAAAGACAGAUGAGAUUCAGAGCAGGAGGCAAAAGAUUGGUUUCUGAAAAAUUAUGUUAACACCGCGGCACUAGAGGGCGCUGUGGGCCGCCAGUGUUUGAUAACGGGUCGCCGAAGUAAAGAGAAGAAGUAACCAUCAUGAUUGUCUGGAAGCUUUGAGUCGGCAAACGUGAAUAUUUGGUCAAAGUGCACUUUUCAACCUCACUGCGAUUAGUCGAAUGAAAUCGACACACAUGUAAGGCAUGUUUUAGUAGAUUUUGGUAAUCAAAAGACCACUAAACCUGAACAAUGGCUGAUGCGACGCUUGACAAACGCUAAAGCCGGCUAAUAAAGCUAGCAGACGGCGCUGUUGCUGUGAGAAUUGUCCUUAGCCGGCUUGUUUAUGACCAGAGCACGUUAUUUAGACUGUGUGACCUGUCAUGAGAGUAAACAUAAUGUUUUUUGUUACUUCAGUUUUGUGUCAUCGCUUGAAAAUGAGUUAUUUCGCUCAGCAUUGUAGCUCAUUGGUUGUAGAACCAAGACUUGUUUACUUUGGUGGAGGCAUCAGACCUUUAUGUUUGAUCAUUAAAUUUUGACCCAUGUUUUCUUCACAUACAGAGUACUUCACACUGGAGUAUGACCCAGGCUUAAACUCCUGUGAUAUUUUACCCUUUGCUUGAUGAGUAAGAUGAAUCGCCCAAAGCCAACAACUCUCAGACGCCCCAGUGCGGCAAAACCAUCAGGUAAAACAUGAUACGUAAACAGAAUACAACCAACCACUCAUUUAAUCAGGAUCAGACUCAUAUUGUGAUGUCUUUUUUUCCCAGGCCACCCACCUCCAGGAGAUUUCAUUGCUCUUGGAUCCAAGAGCCAGGGUGGAGAGCCCAAAGCACCCGCUGUGCUCCUGAAGCCAGCAUCCUCAGGGUUACCUGCUGAUCGGAAGAGAGAGCCGUCCUCCACCCUGCCCUCUACGUCAGGUCUGUCCAGCCUUGCCAAGCGACCUAAACUCUCCACCACCCCUCCAGUUAGUGCCCUGGGACGACUCGCUGAUGUUGCAGCUGUGGACAAGAGAGCGAUAUCCCCGUCAAUAAAGGAGCCGUCAGUGGUACCUAUUGAAGGUAAACUCUGACUUCUCUGAAAAGCUUGUGUAGUGCGGAAAUGGUUACAAAACUGAUCAUUACCACAGGUCUUAAGCUGUCCUUGUUUUUCAGUGUCACCGGCAGUGCUGCUGGAUGAGAUUGAAGCUGCAGAGUCAGAAGGAAAUGAUGAUCGCAUUGAGGGAUUGCUGUGUGGAGCAGUGAAACAACUCAAGAUGAACAGAGCGAAGCCUGACAUCACUCUGUACCUCAGUCUUAUGUUCCUGGCAAAAAUCAAACCAAAUGUUUUUGCAACCGAAGGAAUUAUUGAGGCAAGUUUCUGCUGCUGCAUUAUACCAUUAUUACUGUGCAACAAAAAUCUUUCCAUCCAGCCUUUGUUUUGUGAGUAUAUCCUUGAAAGUGCUGACUGUUUAAGCCUUACUUGGACAUCUUCAGUGAAGUGGACGUUCUAGAUGCUGUAAUUGAUCUAUGUAUUAUUUGACUAUCUAGGCUUUAUGCAGCCUCCUCCGUCGGGAUGCUUCAAUCAACUUUAAGGCAAAAGGAAACAGCCUUGUUUCUGUUCUUGCUUGCAAUCUGCUGAUGGCAGCCUACGAGGAGGAUGAGAACUGGCCUGAGAUUUUUGUAAAAGUAAGAAUCAAAGAUAAACAGUCAAAGGGUUUUUUAUAAAGUCCUCCUUAUUUCACAACUUUCUGUGUUUCUUUUUUAUUCUCCUUGCACUCAAUCAACCUAAUAUAUGUCUCCAGGUGUACAUUGAGGACUCUCUGGGGGAAAGAAUCUGGGUGGACAGUUCUCACUGUAAAAAUUUUGUAGACAACAUCCAGACUGCUUUUGGGACAAAGAUGCCCCCAAAGAGCAUGCUGCUUCAGGCUGACACAGGACGUGCCAGUGGAGAUCUCAGUGCAGGUGCAGUCAUCACAAAAACACACACUUUGUCACAUGAAUACUUAUGGCUGAUGCUGGAAGCAGGUUUAGACGGAUUUUGCUGUGUCUGUGUAACAUAGGAAGCAGCCCUCAUCCCUCAACCCCUGAUGAGGACGACAGCCAAACUGAACUUCUGAUUGCAGAGGAGAAACUCAGCCCUGAGGAUGAAGGGCAGGUUAUGCCAAGGUAAAAAAGUACAAGUAUUUUCUAGAUGACAGGUAUGCUUCAGUGUACAAAAAGAUGUUUUAACACUGAUUUCCUUGGAGAUAAAACUCACCCCACAUGUGAACUCCCUCAUUUGUCGUAUGCCUCAGGUAUGACGAGCUGGCAGAGAGUGUGGAGGACUAUGUGCUGGACGUCCUCAGGGACCAGUUGAACCGCAGGCAGCCCAUGGACAACGUGUCCCGAAACCUGCUGCGUCUGCUCACAGCCACGUGUGGCUACAAAGAGGCGCGGCUCAUGGCAGUGCAGAGACUGGAGAUGUGGCUCCAGAACCCAAAGGUGAGUCCGAUUUAUCCUGAAUGAAACCCUAUUUUUAACAUCUGUUUUUGCUGCGUCACACUAGCCUGAGUGUCCAUGCCAUAAAUACUGGAUUUAGUGAGACGUUUAUGGACAACAUUAGCACCCCUGAAGUUUGAUGUUGUAAUUGUAGGUGAAUUCAUUGCUAUAUACAGUUGUGCCAAUACUUGAUGAAAUGAAUUGCAAAGCUGAAAGGAAUUGACAUUAAGAUAAGUUUGAGCACUGCUGUCUCUAAACAUUAACUCACUCUCUUUGUUAUUGUGUUUGCAUAGCUGACUCGACCAGCCCAGGACCUCCUCAUGUCCCUGUGCAUGAACUGUAACAGUCAUGGAGCAGACGACAUGGAGGUUAUCUCCAACCUGAUCAAGAUCCGCCUCAAACCCAAAGUCCUCCUAAACCACUACAUGCUGUGUGUCAGGUCUGUGAGAGUCUCAGUAGGGGUGGGAGAAAAAAUCGAUACAGCAGCAUAGUAUGGUGAUAUUUUUUAAUAUAAAGUCAAAUCUAUGAUAAUGGAAAAAUAAAAUUAACUGUUUGUCCAGUGAGGUUGGCAGAGGUGACAUCAUAGAGCAAAAGAAAGUUAGUACCACAAAUAUAGCAGCACCUGGGGAAAGACAUUAGGAAUGCAAGCAGCACACAAAUGAGAUGGACCUUACACAUAGGGUUUGCAAGAUGUGCUACAUGAAAUUAAAAUAUUAUGCAAAUAAGACAAACUAAAAGGAAAGACAAAUGCUUAAGUAGCUAAACUGUUGAAAAAAUUGUAUAAAUUGCAAUAUAUUGUAUCACAAUACUCAGUGUAUUGCAAAAUGUUAAAAACAGCAAUAAUAUCGUGGCAUGGCCCAACUAUCACAAUAAUAUUAUAUUGUGGCCCAAGUAUCACAAUAGUAUCGAAUCAUGGCCCGCCAUUGUGAUAAUAUUGUGUCAUGGCCCAAGUAUCACAAUAAUAAUGUAUCAUGGCCCAAGUAAUAAUAAUAAUGAUAAUAAUUCAUUUUAUUUGUACAGCGCUUUUAAAAACACUCAAAGACGCUUUACGUAGAACGUAAAACCCAAGAUAAUAAAACAGAGACAUGAAAACAGUAAAAUAAAACAGUUAAAUAUUAAAAGCAAUUUUAAAUAAGUGAGUAUUUAAAAGGGAUUUGAAGGUAGUGGGGUCAGGGCAGUGUCUGAUGGAGGGUGGGAGGGAGUUCCAGAGGGUAGGGGCAGCUGUGGAGAAUGCCUGAUCCCCCCAGUACUGUGAUAAUAUCGUAUCAUGGCCCAAGUAUCGUGAUAAUAUUGUAUCAUGGGGCCACUGGUGAUUCCCACCCCUAAGUCUCAGUAUGGUUGAUUUUGACAUGUUGCUACACACAGUGACUCCUACUAACAGCUGCUUUUACUACCCAGAGAGCUGCUCAACGCUCACAGAGACAACCUGGGCACUAUGGUGAAGCUGGUGAUCUUCAAUGAGCUGUCCAAUGCAAGGAAUCCAAACAACAUGCAGGUCCUGCACACAGUGCUGCAGCACAGUCCAGAGCAGGCUCCCAAGGUGAAAUAAAAAAGAAAGAAAACAACAUAGUAUGUUGAAAUGAAACCAUUUCUUGCUUUAACCUGUGUGUCAACCGCCUCCCUCUCUCAUGUUGUGUCGUAGUUCUUGGCCAUGGUGUUCCAGGACCUGCUCACCAAUAAGGACGAUUACCUCCGGGCCUCCCGAGCACUGCUGAGAGAAAUCAUCAAACAGACUAAGCAUGAGAUAAACUUCCAGUCUUUUUGCUUUGGUUUGAUGCAGGAGAGGAAGGAGGCAACAUAUGUGGACAUGGAGUUUAAAGUAAAUAAACCUGAUGAUAUAAUCCCUAACAUCUGCUUUUACACUGCAAACCUGACUCUGACUUGUUCUUGUUCCUUAUCUAUCCUGCAGGAGCGUUUUGUCAUCCAGGUGACAGAUUUACUCACCGUCUCCAUGAUGUUAGGCAUCACCGCUCAGGUCAAAGAAGCUGGUAUUGCUUGGGACAAAGGAGAGAAGAAGAGUAAGUGCUGUUUUUUCUUUUACUCCAUCAUAUUUUUCUAUUGUCACAAAACGCCUUGAGCACAUCUUUUUUUUUUCAGAUUUGGAGGUCCUGAGGUCGUUUCAGAAUCAGAUAGCUGCCAUUCAGAGAGACGCUGUGUGGUGGCUUCAUACCGUGGUCCCUACCAUCAGUAAAGUUGGUGCAAAAGACUACGUUCACUGGUAAAAAAAAAAAAUCAGCUGUUACCUUCAUGUCCUCGCUUCCAAAUACUUCUCAGCUCCUUCAAACAUGAUCUGUAUUUUCCUCUUUGCAGUCUUCACAAAGUGCUUUUCACUGAGCAGCCUGAGACGUAUUAUAAGUGGGACAACUGGCCUCCAGAGAGUGACAGAAAGUGAGAUUUCUUUUAGAUAAAUAUUUUUUUUUGUGUUGCUAAAGUGUCACCUAACAAAGGUGUUUUUCUUUAAUCCCUCAGUUUCUUCCUUCGCCUCUGCUCCGAGGUGCCUCUCUUGGAGGACACGCUCAUGCGCAUCCUUGUGAUCGGGCUUUCUCGUGAUUUGCCCCUGGGUCCUGCUGAUGCCAUGGAGCUCGCGGAUCACCUGGUUAAGAGAGCUGCUGGCGUUCAGUCUGAUGGUGUGUGACCAUUUUUUAUUAAAGUUACAGCAGUGAGGAUUAAUCUUUGUUUUAAUCAGGGUGUUGUGGGUUUGUACCUUUUGAUGGGAUUCCAAAACUAUUAAACCGACUGUUUGUGUUUGAGCAGAUCUGGAGGUUCUGAAAGUGGAGAGGAUCCAACUCAUUGAUGCAGUGUUGAAUCUCUGCACAUACCACCACCCAGAGAACAUCCAGCUGCCUGCAGGGUAAGAAAACUACGGUCCUUGUUUGCUUUUCAAAGUGUACUCAAACCAUACCGGAAAUGACAACCAACCCUUUAUGUUUCAGGUACCAACCUCCAAAUCUGGCAAUAUCUACUCUGUACUGGAAAGCAUGGCUACUGCUGCUUGUAGUGGCUGCAUUUAAUCCCCAGAAAAUAGGUAUAGUGAUCCCAAUUUACUAUAUCUGCACAUUAUCUACCCUUACGUAUAUAUUAUAAUGUUUUAAAUCCAUGAUCUUUUAAAUUUCCCUUUCAGGUCUGGCUGCCUGGGAUGGCUAUCCUACUCUGAAAAUGCUCAUGGAGAUGGUUAUGACAAAGUAGGUGAAAAGUUUUUUUUUUUGUUUUAAACAGUUAAUGUGUUUCUAGGUGAAGUAAGUGAGUGGAUGAUAUACAACUAACUGCCAUGUCCGUAUGCUGCCACAGUAACUACACCUAUCCUCCAUGCACCAUUGCGGAUGAGGACACAAAGACCGACAUGAUCGGCAGGGAGCUGCAGAUCUCCCAGAGAGAGAAACAGGAGAUCCUGGCCUUCGAGAGCCACCUGGCUGCAGCCUCCACCAAACAGACCAUCACAGAGAGCAACAGCCUGCUGCUGUCUCAGCUCACCAGUCUGGAUCCCCAGUAAGAGAGCAGGGAGAAAUUUUCUAUUCAGGGCUCGACAGUGCAACUGUUUCACUCACAUUUACGACUAAAAAUAGAUGUGUGCGAAUUGUAAAAUGUAUUUAGAGGCACAUGUGCUCAUAAAAAAAAUCAGCCCAGCAGCCCAGGCAACAAAUGUUUUUUCAUGUAAAUACCGCAGUGAAGUUAGUUUUAGGUUGGAUAUUCACUGCAGUUCUACCGGUGUCUUCUCAUCUCCACCGGGAAUGGCAAGACCAGCACAGUUAAAUUUACUCGACACAUUCGCUGUCAACGUCGGGUGUUGAAUAAGGGACCGUCAAUAACGAUGUUUUCAAAAAAGGCUGUUUUCCUUCAAUAGCCUCUGUGUCAUGUGACCAAUUGACCUAAAAUUGAUUUCAGCUAAUAGUACUUAUGUUGACCAAUAAGACACACCUCUUCAUUUCCCUAAUUUGUCCUCAAAAGAUUUUUGGUGUUAAAUUUAAAGGCAAAUUUUGAACAUUUUCUUCAUCAGCUUCCAUGUCAUGUGAUCAAAAGACCUGAAAUUGAGUUCAAAUAAUAGUACUAAGUUCAGACAAUAAGACACCCAUUAAUUGAUCAAUUUUCAUUGUGCCCCUAAAGUUCUUUGUGUGUUCCUUACUUGUUCAACGUAUGAGCACAUGUGCUCCUUGAGAAAAAAGUUAGUGUCAAGCCCUGUUAUGCAGCAUGUUAAAAACGUGAUUAAGAAACUUUUUUUUUUUUUUAUUGAAUCAGAGAAAAAAAAAUCCUGACAAAAGAAUCAACAGUCCUGUAUUUUUUUCUGAUGAUAUCUUAAACCUUUGGUAUAAGUGUUUAUAAAGCUGUUUUUCUGGUAGUGAAACUUAUUGUUGGUGUGUGUGUUCAGGGGUCCGCCUCGUCGACCUCCUCCUCAGGUCCAGGAACAGGUCAAAAGCCUCAACCAGUCUCUACGUUUGGGACAUCUUCUCUGCCGCAGCCGCAACCCUGACUUCCUGCUCAACAUCAUCCAGAGACAGGUAAUGAACAAAACUGAGAGUAACACCUCCAGCUGACAGAACAGGGUGUUUCACUAUCAAAUCCUGAUGCGGCUCUGAACCUGCUCCAGAUAACAAGAAUUAACAUUUUAUUUGUCUUGUUUUGACAUCGGCCUUUUACUCAAGUUCAUUUUCCUUUUUUCUCAGGCUUCCUCUCAGUCCAUGCCGUGGUUGGCUGAUUUGGUCCAGUCCAGUGAGGGGUCCUUGGAUGUCCUUCCUGUGCAGUGCCUGUGUGAAUUCCUUCUGCAUGAUGCUGCUGAUGACAGUUUGCCAAUAGAGGAUGACGAGGAAGGAGAGAGCAAAGAGCAGAAAGCCAAGAAGAGACAAGUAAGCUGAUGAAACACCACCAACACCAUAUGAUUUAUUCUGGAUCCUGUUUUUUAAUGCUCGGUUGCAGCUUAAGCUAACUCUGAGUUUUCUUCCGUUUCUUGUUAGAGACAGCAAAAACAAAGGCAGCUGCUGGGGCGUCUCCAGGAUCUGUUGUUGGGUCCUAAGGCUGACGAGCAGACCACAUGUGAAGUGCUGGACUACUUCCUUCGACGCCUCAGCUCCUCACAGGUGGCAUCGAGAGUCCUGGCAAUGAAGGUGAAGAGUUAGAAGCAGAAAUGAUCGCCACUUAGGUCGCUCUGCAUUAUAAAAAAGAAUGAUGUCAUUUACUGUUUGUAUCUGUGCGCAGGGUUUGUCUCUGGUGCUGAUUGAAGGAGGCUUGAAAGAUGGAGAGGAGCGGGAUCAGCCUAUGGAGGAAGACUCUGGAGAUGCUGAGCUCUUGCCUGGCUACCAGUGGCUACUUCAAGACCUCCCAAAGCUGCCGUUAUUCGACAGCGUCAGAGGCAUGACGUCCACUGCUUUGCAGCAGGUUUGCGUCUCACUGGAAGUGUGAUGAAUAAACUUUCAAGACUGAUCACUGUGACUUAUGACGAUAUAUCUGCUUCUUUUCUAGGCUAUCCACAUGGAGACAGAUCCACAGACCAUCAGCGCCUAUCUCAUCUACUUAUCCCAGCAUGCACCAGUGGAGGAGCAGGCUGCUCACAAUGACCUGGCUCUGGUAAUAACAAAAAGUUGCUUGAAUUAGAUUAACAGUGUAUUGAAAGUGACGCCCCCUGACCUGCCAAAUGUGAGUGAGGGCUCAUUCACACCAGGACUGUUUGGUCCUUCUAAAAGGACCAUGUUUCCUUUACCCCUGUGGUCUGGGUGGAAUGAACGUGCAAGCGAACUGUGGUCCAGAUCAAACAAAUGGACCAUGGUCCUCUUGAAAAUGCCGGACUAGGUCCCCUUCCAAACGAACCAUGAUCCGGUCCACAGCGGUUGUAAACGCAGCGCUGAUGCAGACAGACUUUUUCUAUGUCAAUAUAAACCAAUAACACAUUUACACUGUAAUAAAGCUGGGAAAUUAUGCCCUGCCAGAGGUUGCAGCAGAUGGAGAACAGCGGUCAAGACACCGGACUGUCUGUUAAACUGGAUGAAUGGCAGAGGGUUUGAGUUCUAAUACAAUAGUCGGGGGAUAAAUAUUAAAUACUUGGAUGUUCUUCUGUUCAAGCACGUUGACAAUGUGUUAAAGGCAUUAAUUUGCAUUGAUGCCCGGCGUUUCCUUGCACAACGUCUCCGCCACCUCUGGUGAAUUGCAUGAAGCAAGAUGAAGACAAUAAAGACUGUGCUCCAAAUGAGCAGGUGGCAGACAGUGAUUUUCUCUCGUAGUUUUCCCUCUUUUUUUCAACCAUUUGGUUCGCUUAGCAAAAGUCCCCUGUGAACACUAACCGGACCAAAUGCAAAAUGCAACAAUGUAAACACUUGGUCCCUGAUCUGGACCUUCUAAAUGGACUUUGGGUGAGAAAGGCCUCUGAGUUUCAGCUGUGCAGGUAGCAAAGGCACACCCACUUGCCACUUUUGGGGGGAUAAAAUUGAUCGAUAUUCUUCGUACAUUGUAGUCUCCUUAAAAAGCAUCUAUAGAAAUUUCUGUAGCUCAUCCACUCACUACGCAAUCAUUCAUUGCAUUCUGCCAACUGCAUGUGACAACCUGUAGUGCAUCGAACACGCUCUGCUGCAAGUGUUCAGAGAGGGAACAUUUAUCGUUAUCGAGGUGAACUGCUCAAUAUAUCGUGACAUUGAUUUGGGGCCAUAUCGCCCUGCACUAGUUGGUAGCUAAAGAUUUGAUGUGAAGCCCUGAUCCCCCUUUCUGUUAUUUCACGGAGAAGCUCUGACAUUAAUCUCAUCCUCCUUCUCUUCCUGUAGGAUGUUGCCAGACUCAUCGUGGAGCGCUCCACCAUCAUGAACAGCCUCUUCUCCAAACACUCCUGCAGACCUGAGUCUGACGCUGUUCUCAGUGCCUUUCUCACCAUUUUCUCCACCUACAUCAAGAGGAUGAGGAAGACCAAAGAGGGAGAGGAUCUUUACAGCUGGGUGAGCACUGACUGAAGUUUUGGUUUUGAAUCAUCAUUACGACUGUGUCUCACUUUGAAGUUAUCCCCUAACAAGCAAAACUCAGAGGUGUAUUUUAUUUAAAAUGCACAGUCAGAUCUUUUUGAAGUCAAAACAGCUGUAGUGAUUUAGUGGAUCAGUGAUCUCCCGUUUAGCUUUGAUUCUGCAGCUGAAGUUUCUGCCGUCUUUUCAGUCCGAAUCUCAGGAUCAGGUGUUUCUGCGCUGGACCACAGGAGAGACUGCCACCAUGCACAUCCUGGUAGUCCAUGCCAUGGUCAUCCUGCUGACUCUGGGGCCUCCCAAAGGUAGUCCUGUUCACAUCACAGUUCAGUGCUGAAGGGACUUAAAGAACAUUUUCAUCAUUGUGUUUCUUUUUUCACAGGAGAGAGUGACUUCUACGCUCUUUUGGACAUUUGGUUUCCUGACAAAAAACCCUUACCCACCGCCUUCCUGGUCGACACAUCAGAAGAGGCCCUCCUGCUUCCUGAUUGGUUGAAACUAAGAAUGAUCCGAUCAGAAGUUUCUCGACUGGUUGAUGCAGGUACAAAAAAAAAUCUUUGGUUCUCACUUUUUUGAUACAUUUUAAACUUUUAAUAAAAAAGUCUGGCAUCCCUCUCUCAGCUCUCCAUGACCUGGAGCCUCAGCAGCUGCUGCUCUUCGUCCAGUCCUUUGGUAUUCCUGUAUCCAGCAUGAGUAAACUCCUGCAGUACCUGGACCAGGCGGUCUCCCAUGAUCCUCAGUCCCUGGAGGAGAACAUAAUGGACAAGCGUAAGAGUGUUUUGCAUACCCCACUAUAAAACACUUUGAGAUUGACGGUCUUGAGGUAUUUAAAAUCUGUCUCAUCUAUCCUGCGGCAGACUACAUGGCUCAUCUGGUGGAAGUGCAGCACGAGCGAGGCGCCACUGGGGGGCACACUUUUCAUGCUUUACUGAGCUCGUCUCUUCCUCCAGACAGAGGUUUGUGACGUCAGCUUUUAAACGUUUAACGUGAAGAAAAUGUUAUUGCUCAUCAUAUUAAAGCGUUCAAGAAAAAUCUGUUUUUUUUCCCCACAUAUAGUCUUGACCUGAAACUGACGUGAGGUAAUAUGUGUUAAUAAUCUUGUUAACCGUCUGACCUGACAGAUUCUGCUGAAAAAAGUAAAGUCAAAGUUACCAUGGAAACACCCCACAGCUCCGUCAAGAUGAGAGCAGCCACUCAGCUUCCUGCUGUCGGGCCAGAGGACGAUCUAACUGGCAUGUUACUUCAGGUGCGAUUUACUUCUUUGAAUAUCAUUUUUGACCUCCAAACAAAAGCUCCUCUUAUGUUUAUUCAAACUACUCUGAAUAAUUUAAUUGUCUUACCCUCUUGUUUUGAUAGAUAUUCCCCUUAAAGGUGGACCCCCGCUGGCACGGCCCCCCUCCCAGCCAGCUCUCUUUGGCCCUGCAGCAGGCUCUGGCUAAAGAGCUGAUGCGGGCCAAGCAGGGACAGAUCCAGCAGUCCGGGUUGGCAUUCAGGCUUCUCCAGGCCAUCGCAGCUCUGCUUUCGUCUGCUCAUGCAGGGCCCAUCAUCAUGUCCAUGCAUCGAAGCCACGCUCUGUCCUGCCCCCUCAUGCGUCAACUUCACCUGUAUCAGGUAAAGGCUCGCUGACAGUCAGCGUAUCUUUCCUGUUAAGUUCAUGAAGUGUGAAACUCUUUUUCUCUUCUAGCGCCUGGUGUCGCAGGACAUCGCUUUCUCCUCACUGUUCCUCAAAGUUGUUGUCGAGAUGUUAAUUUGGUUGGACAAUCCAACUGUGGAGGCAGGACCACUGAAGACCCUGCUCAAGUCCUUCGCUGGGCAGACCUCUCACAAACACAGACACAGUGACGGUAAGAGCCUCAUCUUAUCGUAGUUUUAUUCAUCUUAAUACGAACUGUGUGUGAUGACUGCUUCUGCUCUGCAGUGCGUACAGGUUUCCUCCACCUGGCUGAAGCUUUGGCUUAUCAGAGGGAUACUGAAGUGCCACUGAGGGCCAUUAUUGCGAUGCUGAAGGCUGGAGACAGAUGUAACGCAGAGCCCGAGCUCAUCGGAAAAGGUGUUUAUUGUUGAGACGAGAGUGUGCUUUGGUUUUGACUAAACAUUUCAGAUGUUAAUCACAUUGUUUCGGGUUGCUUUGGAAAUGAUUGGUUAAUGUGAGGAAUAAUUGAUCAGGUUUGAUUUCAAAGUUUGUUCAAAACACAUUCAGUCAUACUUUGAAAAUGUUACAGUCAAUUUUCUGAGAGUGUAAAGUCGACGUCUAAGCAUGGUGUUUAUUGAAUCCCAGUGUUGCAGGGUCUGGUAGAGGUGAGGUCGCCAUAUCUGGAGGAGCUUCUGUCGCUGCUGAUGACUGUUGGAACACAGAAUGGGACAGCUGGCCCUGUUGCCACGGUUAUUUCUCUGCUGCUUCAGGAAAGCGAGGAGCGAGCCGUGAAAAAGGAGGCCGAGUCUAACAAGUGAGCACAGAAACGCUUUUUCUCUUACAAGUCCCUCAAGAAACAUUUACAUGGGACAGAAAGUGAACGACAAAUUCAGCUGUCACGAUAAGAUUUGCCAUUCUGGUGGUAAUGAUAAAAGUCUCGGUUAAGAAAAUAUAUUAUUAUAAUCACAAUCCAUGUUUUUGAUUCAUUCUGUCUUGAGAAACCCACAAACAUGUUCAUGGAUGGCACUUAUCAGUUGGUACAGUCAAAUAAGACACUUGACCACAAGUUUAAGUGGUAGGUUAUGGAAAAAACUGGUGACAUCAAACAAGUCUGAAAUGUAAAAACACUUUCAGCAUUUAUUCAAAAAUCUUAUUGGACGAAGUGAACAGCAGCAGAUCCCCUGUCCGAUGUCAGGCAUACCUGACUGCACUCGUCUAAGCUUCAAUCUUCACAACCUUCGGCCAUGUUUGUUUGUUAUUCUGAUCUGUGUGAGCUACGGCUGUGAGUCCAUUGCUCAUGUUUACGUCAUCAACUUUUUUAACUACAGACUUUAUAGACAUUAUAACGGAAAAAUAUUCUGCAUUUUACUUCAAUUGGAUUUGGAUGAGUAGACAUGUAAAUGUAGGAGACAGUUGAUUUGCAUUAUGUGUUUUUUUUUUUUAAUUGUAGGGUAUCCCUACAACAUAACAAGCAGAGACUUGUAAUUUGAAAGAGUUGUCAGAAGUCAUAUUGGUUCAUUAUGAAUUGGUUUAAACAAAGCUUCAUUCAGUAGUGAUUUCAAUCAAGUUGUGGACAUCUACAGUGUUUGUAUUCAGAGCAUGGUGAGGCUCAGUUUAACCCUCGAAUAAUAUGAAUUAUGUUUGGCUGAUUUAGACUUAGAUAUGGAUAAAUCAAUAAAUGUUGAGCUGCAUCCUCACAUGGGUAACCUCUCAUUUCCAUCUUUGCUUCCAGCUCUGAGGUGACCAAGUCAGGACUGAGCUCUGGGCUGAUGGUUGACUGGCUGGAGCAUCUUGACCCUGAAGUCACUUCAGUGUGUCCAGACCUUCAACAGAAACUUCUGUUUGCCCUCAACAAGGUAAAAUCAGCAUGCCUGCAGAAUUUUCUUUUUUCUGAUUGAUCAGCUCUUCUGACGCCUCCUGUUUGACUGUUUAAUUGUUCCAGACCCGAGGAACCCCUGCGUACAGACCAUAUCUCCUGGCGUUGCUUACGCAUCAGUCUAACUGGUCCACCCUCCUGCAGUGUAUCAGUGCUCUUCUCAGCAAACGCAGAGACUACAAGUACUCUCUCUUUUUAAAAUAAGCUUGAAUUUUUAAGAGUAGUGAGUCCACAUACAGUGUUUUUCCUCUUCUGAUGAGAUUGCAUCAAACAUCAUAUUUCUUUGAGGUUCUGAGAAUUUACCAUUUUCAUGUUUUUUCAGACUUGACCCAUCAUCUGCUCUGGACUUCUUGUGGGCGUGCAGCCAUAUCCCACGUAUCUGGCAGGGACGUGACCAGAAGAUCCCCCAGGUAUGAUCAGAGCGAGCGCCAAGAAGCAGAAUACCCCCCUGUCUGUUUUCUUUCUUUCUUUCUUUCUUUUCUUUCUUUCUUUCUCCUUUCUUUCUUUUCUUUCUUUUUCUUCUUUCUCUCUUUUUUUCUUUCUAUCUUUCUUUCUUUUUUCUUUCUUUCUUUCUUUCUUUCUUUCUUUCUUUCUUUCUUUCUUUCUUUUUUCUUUUUCUUUCUUUCUUUCUUCCUAUCUUUCUUUCUUUCUUUUUUCUUUUUCUUUCUUUUUUUCUUUCUUUUUUCUUUCUUUCUUUUCUUUUUUUCCCUCUUUCUUUUUUCUACCUAUCUUUCUUUCUUUCUCUCUUUCUUUUCUUUUUGUCUUUUUCUUUCUUUCUUUCUUUCUUUCUUUCUUUCCUUUUUUUCUUCCUUUCUCUCUUUCUUUCUUUCUUUCUUUCUUUCUUUCUUUCUGGCUUUUUUCUUUCUUUCUUUCUUUCUUUCUUUCUGGCUUUUUUCUUUCUUUCUUUUUUCUUUUUCUUUCUUUCUUUCUUUCUUUUUUUUUUCUUUCUUUUCUUUUUUUCCCUUUCUUUUUUCUACCUAUCUUACUUUCUUUCUUUCUCUCUUUCUUUUCUUUCUGUCUUUUUCUUUCUUUCUUUCUUUCUUUCUUUCUUUCUUUCUUUCCUUUUUUUCUUUCUUUCUUUCUUUCUUUCUGGCUUUUUUCUUUCUUUCUUUCUUUCUUUCUGACUUUUUUCUUUCUCUUUUUUUUCUCUUUUUCUUUCCUUCCUUCUUCCCUUCUUUCUUUCUUUCUCUUUUUCUCUUUUUCUUUCUUUCUUUCUUUCUUUUCUUUCUUCAACAUUUCUAAUUUAUCGGUUGGAAGGAAGCAGUAAGAAGAUAACCAAGUGCCGUUUUUUGUGUGUGUGUCUUUGCAGAAGAAAACAGAAAAGUUUGUGCUGCGUCUCAGUUCGGAGGAGCUCAUCAGCUUGGUGGACCUGAUCUUGUCAGAGUCAGAGCUCAACAGUCGGGACUCACCCCUUGAUGACAAAAGCAGCCUAGACCAGGCCUCUUCCUCCCUUAUCCAGUCCAGGCUGCCCCUCCUUCACUCCUACUGCAGCGGGGAGCUGGAAAACAUCAAGAAAGUCUCUGAGUACCUCAUCAACUGCACAAAGAAAUGGGAGGAUAGGUAAGCUCGACUUUUCUAAUCUCUCUCCUCGCUCCUAUCUCAUCCCGUCAUAAUCAAAAGCGCGUAUGCUCAUCACAUUUUGUCAUAUACGGUUCACCACAGUGCUCGCCUGUUCAUUUUGACACGUCGCAUUGUUCCAUCUAAUUAGCAGAAAGUCAUUUUUUCCUUGUAACCGUGUGCUGAUAAACUUGGAGGAAAUCGCACUAGAUUUUCCCUCUCGGUGCAGAUGAACUUUUUCGACUUCCUCUGUCUGCCUCAAUGCUGCGGACCAGGGAAAACUCGAUAAUUAGGUCUAUUGGUGUGAAAUUAAAACCAGCAGAAGUCGUCUGUACUGUGAUCUCUUUAAAAGCUCAGUGUAUUAUAAUGAAGCCAAGAGGAUUAAGGCUGGAGCUCUAAACUUGCCUGUGUUGUGAAUUCCUGCUCUGACUUAGCUGUCAGAGAUCAGGGUGCAACUCUUUGUGGAGUCAAACCCUCCUUUCAUGAACAUGUCUCUGCUUAUUAAACCACUUUAAUGAGGAAACUUUGGCCAAGGUCAAGCAAAAUUAGCUCCCGAAUUACAGUAUUUUAAGUAGAGCUAAGCUGUCUGGUAAAAAAAUGGUUGCUAGUGAAAAUAUAUCAGGAUAAAAAAUAAAAAAAAACAUGUUUAGAGGAAAAGGGUUUCGGCCUUGUGUUGAAUAAACACUUUUAGCAUUCUUCUUGUGAAACCUCGCUCUCAGAUAAGCUGGUGUUUAUUCCAAUUACACACAAACUAUUGAGCAAGCUCUGGACUCUCUCCUUUCGGUCAAGGUCGUUCUGAUUCCCUUAAUUCGUAGCUGUAAUAAACUCUUCAGUAAGUAAAGAGUGCACAUUUGAGCCCGGCAAGAGCCUUAGAGGAUUAUAGCAAACCACAGUGACUUGAAGGAAAACGCCCCAGAAUUACACUACUCUAUUCAUGGACUUAGUUGUGUUUAUGCACAAUAAUUAUGUUGUUUUGAAACCGUAACAAUGGAGAGGUUCUUUAUCGAGCUUUCACAUCUCGCAUCAGCUCUGUUAGUAAUCUGUUCAAAGAGUCGGGAAAUGAAAGGAAAAUGUGAGUUUAGUCCACUUAAGUUUGAAAAAAAAAACUUUCAAUGGCUGCACAAAAUGGACAACCAAUCACUGUCAAUUACAGCGCUUUAAGCUACACAACUUAAUAAUAUGAGGGAUUACAGUCGAGCUUAUUUUGUCACUAAGCUUCUAGCUUUGCCCUGGGCAGCCACACUGUCUUAAAACAGCGUUUCCUAAAGUGAAUUUCUGUAGUUUGUUACUUUUCUCUUCGUGUCUUACAUCAGAUACCAUAAACACGUCAUUACGUUUGCUCUGUCCUUUAGUGCGAUGAGUAAGCGGUGCCAGAGCCUGCUGCUGCAGAUCUAUCUGCACUUCCCAGAGGUCAUCCAGCACGUCACCCUGCCUGAAGGCACCUUCAGCAGCGGAGGGGCUGCGUACGGCGGCAGCUGCAAGGUAAACAGCUCCAGCUUGUUUGAAAGUACCGUCCUUAAAUCAGCGUAAAUGUGACUGAUUCUGAUAUUUGACUUUUUUUAGCCACGUCACACUACAAAGGAAAAAUGAUGUUUGUUCAAUCUAUAGAGGAAAUUGACACUUUAUUUGAUGCCUAUCUCUAUAACGCAUUAUAAAUAUAUGUAUAAUGAGUUAUAAUCACAUUAUAACACUGUAUAACUAUAAUUAUAAACACUCAUAAAUGAUCAUAAUGCUUUAUAGCAAAAAUCAAAACACAUUAUAAAGUAUUUUAUCAUGACUUACAAGGUGAGGUAUUGUAAUGUGUUAUAACUGUUAACAACAGUUGCAUUGCGUUAUCUAUGUGGGCAUUGUCAGUGAGUUGUUAACAGUUAUUACACAUUAUAAUACCUCACCUCGUAAGUCAUGAUAAAAUGCUUUAUAAUGUGUUAUGAUUAUUGCUUUAAAGCAUCAUGAUCAUUUAUGAGUGUUUAUAACUAUAGUAAUCACUGUAAUGUGAUGAUAACGCAUUAAAAAUAUAUUUAUAAUGCGUUACAGAGAUAGGCGUCAAAUAAAGUGUUACUGAAAUGGAAGCUGGAUAUUUUAGAGUUGAAAGUCUUGAACAUUUGCCUUCAAAAUCAUCCCAAAUGAAGGCUUAUGUCUCUCAUAAUAGACCAAAAAACAGAUAACCUGAGCCUCAUCUGUGCAUACUCUACAGGAGUCAAUAAUCUUCAUGUAACUUUAGUUCUGAUGUCCUCUUCUUUUGAUUAUAUUAUAUCUUAUAAAGCAAAAUCUGCAUGUAUAAUUAUUUCUGCAUGUAUUUGCCCUCAGCUUGAUGUCCUGGUGCAUCGCCUGGUUACGCUCCUCGCUGAUGUCGGCGAAUCAAAGUCUGCUGAAAACCGAGCAUCUGAUGCCAACCUGGCCUGCAGAAAGCUGGCUGUGUCACAUCCCGUCCUUUUGCUCAGGUGAAGAAAAGCUGAACUUCUUUCAAGUCCACCGGACCCUCUGGUGCCAUCAGCGAGGGUUCAGUUUACUGACUGUUACUUUUUUUCCUUUCUAGACACCUGCCGAUGAUCGCAGGUCUCUUACACGGUCGCAUUCACCUGAACAUGCAGGAGUUUCGGCAGCAGAACCACAUGACCUUCUUUAGUAAUGUGCUCGCCAUCCUGGAGCUGCUGCAGCCACUUGUUUUUCACAGCGACCACCAGAGGGCGCUUCAAGACUGUCUUCUGUCCUUUAUGAAAGUGCUUCAGGUGAGCGGCUGUAUUAUCAUCACCAUAUGAUUUAUAAUUAUUGUAUUCUGUGAGCUAAACAUCUGAGUUUUACUCUAUUUAUGAAUGUUUCUGCUUUUUUUUUAUUUCAUGUAGAACUUUCAGAGGACUCGUUCUCCGUUGCUCUUCAUCAACAAGUUUCUGCAGUUCACACAGAAGUACAUCACUCAUGAUGCAGCAGCUGCCAUACCUUAUUUACAGAGGCACUCUGGCAUCCUGCAGUAAGCAAAUCAUGACCUUUUAAAUAUCAUGAAGGAUUUAGCUUUUUUUCCCCCAUCUUUGUAAGUGAUUGUUUGUUUCACUGUUUCAGGACUCUGUGCGCGGAAAAUCCAGACCUGGUUCAGUUGAAGUCUCUGCUGGCUGGACUCACUCUGCCGGUUAAAAGUUCUUCCACUGAGAUAGCUCCUGAAGAAGGAGAAGGUGUGUACAGAAAAGUUUUCUGAUUUCAUGGUGUGGUAAUGAAUAAAAAAGUAAUUUCAAGAAUGAUAAAAGUAACAUACAUGUCAUUUACAAUUGUUAAAUAUUUUUAUGGUUAAUUCAAGGAUCUUUUUGCUCCUUUUCAGAUGACAUGGCCACUGGCUCCCUGCCCCUCGUCAACAUAUCUGCCUCGGUUUCCCUGAGUGCAGCUGACAUGACAAUGUACCUGAAGAAGAUGUCGAGAGGAGAGGCAGUAGAGGGUGACUAACAUACCGCCGCAGCCGCUUCACCUACACCUGUAUAAAUCCUGUAUCUCCAUGAGUAAUUUGCUGUUUUUUUUUCUCACUCUCUGCUAUAGAUGUGUUGGAGGUGUUGACAGAGGUGGAUGAGAAGUCAAGGAGGAGCCCCGAGAUCAUCCAGUACUUUAUCGUGAGUCAUAAACAGAAACAAAAGAAAAAAAGUGUAGUGUGUGUGCAUAUGUGUGUAGCGUCCCAAUCACCGCUUUGUGUCACUGUUUGUAGAACGAUCUGCAGAGACUCAUGGCUUCCUCGGAGGACUUGUGUCGGAACAUGGCCUUCAGUUUGGCCCUGCGCUGCAUCCAGAAUAAUCCCUGGUAAGAUAACAACACUCUUAAGACAAACAGAAGAAAGUGUUUCUAAGUUAAUGUUCAGUAAUUCCCUGACUUUUCUCAGUAUGUCUACAUUUACAAACGGUGUUUUUUUUUUGUCUUUGUCGCAGCCUUGCAACAGACUUCCUGCCGACUUUCAUGUACUGUAUGGGCAGUGGGAACUUUGAUGUUGUACAAACGGCUCUCAGGAAUCUUCCAGAGUAUGUGCUUCUCUGUCAAGGUAAGAGGAUAUUCUGCAGCACUCUUUUUUUUUUUCUUUUUUUUUACCCUAAGCUGCAGUCACUUCUGCACCUUCUUCUGUCAUAUACUCUCUUAACUACACCUUAUUUAUAGCCAGAUUUUUUAAAGUAAAUACCAAACCAAAAUCCCUGUCACAUUUAGGACCAUGGCUAAAUGCUGUUAUGUGUUUUCUUUUCUUUUUUUUUUUACCCUCACAGAACACGCAGACAUCUUGCUUCACAAGGCGUUUUUAGUGGGAAUCUACGGACAAAUCGACACCAGUUCAAUGAUCGCCGAGUCGAUGAAGGUCCUUCACAUGGAAGCAACCACGUAACCUGAAAAAAGCACUCCACUCCACGACAAAUUGAAAACGGUGUCAUUCAUUCGCCGCAUUCCAGAGCUAGAUUAAUAUUUUUCUAUUGUCUUUAGUCGCUAAAUUGCUCUAAUUUGAUCACUGCAGAUUAAAGUACGCCGUGGCUCUUGAGUGUUACAGAUGAAAGGGUCCUGCAGUGAGCUGGUAGUAAUAUAAUAACUUCUGGAUCAUUUAAUGACUUCAAAGUGUUUCAAUUUCCUUUCAACGAUCUGAAAAUGUAAUAAUUAAAACCAUAAAAAUGGCUGCUUUUGUACUAAUUCCAUAAUUAAAGCAUUUAUUACUUUUCAAA